AUGGAAGGGCCCAGACUCUGCAGAACUCCUAAACCUUCUCCCAAACCCAAUCGAGACGCGUUGGGCUCUAAGACUUUCAUUGCCUUACUUGAAAUAGAAUCACUUCCCCCUGUCUCCUGCACUUCUCACUUUUCCUUAAGUCAUAGUUGCCAUCGAGAGACUAAACAACAGGCUACAAAGAAGUGUGAAAAAUUAUUAAAAGAAAUUAAAGAGGCUCUUCAAAACAUGAAAUGUCAUGAAAAGAAGAUUGCAGAAACAAAAGAAUCUUCUGAGGAAACUGAUAUCGCUGAGGAACUGUCAGAACUUAAAGAAAAAGUCAGAGGACUCGAUAAGAUAAAUAAAGUGCUAUUGAAAAGGCUGCUUUUCAAAGAACAGAGUGCGAAGAAACAGAUGAUGAUAUUGGAAAACCAGAGCUCGGACGACAGUGUACAAGGUUUGGCAAGGGAUGCGGUAAAUCCUUCAGAAGAAGGAAGAGCCGUUAAUAAAACUCAUCUAAAUAAGGAAAAAGCAGAGUCUGGAUCCCAUCAUGUUCAAGAAGAAAAUACCAAACUUAAGAAGAACAUGGAGCAGUUACUACAGGGAGCGGAACUCUGGAGUGUGCAACACGCUGAGCUGUGUGAACUCAUGAAGUUGUACCAGAAAUCUCAGCACAACUUAAGAGCAACUGGUGAAAGUUAUGGAAUCCGUUUCCAAACCCCACUGCAUAGCGUGUUCGCUAACUAUGAGCUGGAGGCCCAGAUGAGGAAACUGAACCACAACACGCAUUCACUGCACGUGAUCACAGCUUUGCUGGAGAACGAAUGCCAGAUCCUGCAGCACAGAGUGGAACUCCUCAGGGAGCUCCACCGUCAGAAAGACGCAGCUCUGCACGAGAAGCCGAUCCAGGUAAACUGUGAACAGGACAGGGAGGCAGGAAGGUGUAAGCAGAAUAUGCAAGGCACGGAAGUUACAUUUCAGAUCAGAGACAGAUAUUAUCAAAACCUCGAUUCUUGUCGUAAUAAGAAAGCUCGUAACAACAGGUUCAAUCGUUGUCUUGCAAAAGCUCUUCGGAGAAAAAAGAGGCCAGUCAGCAGACUAAGGUAGAAACUACCAACAGCAGAA